AUGGAUACAGAACGAGACUGCGAAGAUAUGCUAAAAGAUCUGAAUUAUCGUCAAAAAACUCAAGUUCUGGAAUGGGUUAGCGAGUUUCGUCUGAGUCUGAACGAAUUAGCUACAUGGCGAAAAGACCGAGAGGACUUUGUGAAGUCGGUGAAAUACCGGGUCCCCGUAGACUCCCCCGUUGAUCUCAUUUGUAGGGAUAUAUACGAGCUGAAACUAUUUGGUGCUCGAGUCGCUGACUUUUUCCACAAGAAUGGACAACCUCUAAUGUUGAAAAUGUGCGGUCGUGUGUUCACCCGAGAGGAAGCGAUGAGAUGGGCAGUGAUAAAACCGCACCUCCUGAAACCUUUCAAGUUCAGCGCUGGUGAACCUCAGAGGGUUUUGAAUGAGCUCGCCGCUGAUUCUCGCCCCUUUGGGAAGAGAACUCGUUCAUCGCCCGGGAAAGAGACUACAGGUCCGAAGAAACAUCGUGAGACGAUCAUCCGAGGCGAGAGCACCGAGUCUCCCAAAGCAGUGGAACAUGACGAACAAGACGUUGGAAACGAGGAUCGGAAGCCUACUGAGGAGGAACUCCUCCGAGCAGCGGCCAGCUUUGCCCCCGACAGUGCGAAGCGAGACCUCCCCGACCCCGCGUCCAGCGUCGUGCCGAAGGCCGACGAGCUCCCAUGUGGCACGAGUACUGUUACAGCGAAAGUGGACCGCGCGACGGAGGACGCUAUCUCGAGGACUGCUUAUGCGGUGAUGGUCGAGAAAUACCUCGCGCAUUUCAAGAUCGAGCCUAAACAUUUCUCGGAUUGGCUGCUGGAAACCGACAAAACCGUUAUGGUAUCGCACGCGGAGAUUUUUGCGAGGGCAGACGAUUUCAUUACCAGCAUCGCGAACACUCUAUGCGAACUCGCGCUGCAUCCAUCCCCAAAGGAUGAGUCCAUCGCUUCGUAUGCCCAACGCUUGAAAGUUCCUGAGGAUGCACUCCGCAUGUGGAAUUCGCCGGACAUUAGAGGCUUCUUCAGCCGAGAUAAGACAGCUCUGAAAUACGACUUGUUUGGAAGAGUUUUCCCGCCUCCUGAUCAUAAAGCAGAAACGUACCUCCCGAAAGCUGAGAGGAUGAUUCGUUACAGAACGCGAUCGGACUUUUCCAAUGUGACCUUAAGCGACAAUUUCCGCGAAGACAGAAUCGAAAACUGUACGAAGUUAGUUAGCGACGUGAUGAGGUUCUACUCGCUCGACUCGGAUAUCUUGGAUGAGCUCCCGAUUGAAUGCGACAGCCGUUCCCGUAAGGGCAGGAGAGCACCAGCUUUACAGCUGUUGCUACACGAGCUCGGGAUUCUAAUCUCGGAUCUGAACGAGAUCUCCAUGUUCAGCGAGCUCUUCUCUCGCGAAGACACGGCAUUCUGUUUCGAAGAGCGGUGGUUGGCCCCCCAAACCAACCUCUACUUCGUGACGAUGCAAGAUGCAGUGAAGGCUGUGAAUAGGAACCGUCAGAUGAAGACGAAGCUCCACAACCGUGAGGGACAAGAUGUUUUGCUCGAGAAGAUCCGGAAUGUCCUUACGGAGUACAAGAAAGGUCAUUGA